AAUUCAAAAUUUUGAAUCCUUAUGACGUCCGUUUUGACCCUUGCACAGGACAAGAAAUUAUAGCCCACAAAUCGAUGAUCAGUGUUCGUGUCACGUGACUUCUCUGACAACCAUUUACGAUUCUUUCUCAAAGGCAUUUCCGUUUGUUUUUAUGCAUGAUAAUAAACUAUUAUGCACGUUAAAUUAUUUUGAGUGAAGUUUGAAGGGGGGAAAAAGACCAAAAAGUCUUGAUAGAAUCUCAAAAUUGUAUCAGCCUCUUAGAAGUUCGACUCUCUUAAGGAAAUACAAUUCUAAAUAUGAAGGAAAUCUAACAUUUUCUCUUUAGAUUUUUCGUAACUUUUAUGACUAUGAAUACAAUAAUGCUCAAUAUUGCUUAACAUUUUAAUACCAAAAUGAUAAAUAACAUGCAAAGUAAGCUUACAAAGUUAAACAAAUUUGAUUUGUAAAUUAAGACACGAGUAAAUUUGGAUACACAUAAAUAAUAAAUGUUUAUUUGUGAUGUAUUUGUGUGAAGAAGGCUAAGUUAAUUUAAUCAUUCUAUGCAAAAAGCAUAUUUUGAACCCAAUUAUUAAACCACACACACCAGAAUAUAGUAUUCUAAUUAGCAUUCCUGAUCUGAAACCGACGAAUAGAGAACCUUGAUCCAAUAUCGAGGCCGAUUCAGGACGUGACAUAGUUGUCUCCAACAAACAAAGACCGACAUUAACACACAGUGAUUGGUAAACGUACACAGAGACCAGGAAACGUCCCUAGUCCACACCCUGCAAGCCUGCUGGGGGAACACUUAUAAAGAUCAACAUAAAACUCCGCUCAUGCAAUCCUACAGAAAAAGUGUCCAGGAUAAACAGCCAUGUCUGCAUCGCUGCCCCUGCUACUGUUGCUGACCUUUUUGAUUUGGCCUGUGAGGUCAGUCCGAAGGGCCCGCAGUUGUUACAGCCCGGUAAAAGGAUACAUAUUUUGUUCGCACACCAUACAAGACCAGUGGAACUUUGUGAAUUUCCGAUCGUGGCUGGAUAAUUUGAAGACCCCAGUGGAUCACGUCGAGCUAUCUCUCCGGUGUCUGGAGGGAGGAUCAGUAGUGCUUCCCUGGCCUAUGCGAGCACGUGGUUUGAAGAAGAUAAAAAUAACAAACUGUGUCGUAGAGGGUUUUUUUUCUGAGUACAACCUUGAACCAGCCUACCCGGAUAGUCUUGUAGACUUCUCCAUGAUUGACUCUAUUAUAAGAACUGACGUUAACUCAAACAUUCAGAGGACCUUAAUGACCACCUUAUCCAAAUCCUAUAGUUGCGGGCAGCAGACAAUUAGGAGUCACGUGAUGAGAAACAUUUCAUUUUCUUUUCUUCCGACCUCUUCUCCACCUUCAUCCAAGACUCUUGACCGAGCGUUUUCUGCUAUGCGUCGACAAUCAAAAACGCGUGAUUUCACUUGCAACUAUGACAACCUCCUUCAAUUAGAAGAAUCAAAUAGCGAUAGCAUUUCGUCCGUACACUUUGACGUAAUGACGGACAUUUCAAGUUACUCCAGUCUUAGGACCUUCAAUUUUUCAUCCAACCGUAUGACCCGUUUGCCGGAUCAUCUGAGAGAGUGGCACAAAUAUUUCCCUACUCUUGAAGUUCUCGAUUUAUCCAAAAAUCAUUUACGCAGUUUUAGUUUCGAAAAACCAAAGAGUAUUGGUCGACGAAAGAUUUUUUUCGUCAACCUCCAGCACAACAAAAUCUCAGAUGUACCCAGGGAUAUCGCUUCCUAUCUGGACGAACCCAUUCCAGUUAUACUGGACCUAAGGAAUAACCCUAUCCUCUGCACGUACAAUACAUUUGAACUCGUGAAAUAUCUUAACAAAAUUAAGAAUAUGUUUCCGAUUUUGAAUUUUUUGACGGACAUUAGAUGUAGUUUGUCCCCAAACUCCAUGAAAUCCAAAUCCGAACCAGCUCCCGAGGACAAUUCGAAUGAUACAAAAUCUAAACUACUACAACUGUUCAAUUUGUUUGGAGUUUAGCGCUGUCCAGGAAUGUAUUCGUUCUAAAUUAUUUUGUUUCGCAUAUGUACAAAUACAUGUAUACACUUUAAUUUAUGUAUUUCAUUGUAAAUAACAUUUAAUUGUGACAUUGUCUACAU